AUGUUACUGUUUCCAACGCCGCGAUACGAUCACCUCUUAGGAGCCACUAAGGGCGGGCAGACACCAUUCACUAAACGACGGCUGUCGCUUCCCAUCUGGCCUGUGCUCUCUGCCUUUACCUCAACUGCAACCUCACGUCGCUCAUCUGCACCGGAGAUUCUGCCACGAUCGACAACCGUAAACCCCACUUCACGACCCACCCAACCCAAACCACGACCACAAACAACUACAGCAAAAAAGAUGCCUUCUGAUCACUACCCUUCCAGCCCUCGUUUCUCACCAACUCUCGGAAGUAUCCCUGAGGUCUUUGAAUUUGACGUUGAGUCACCCGCCCGUCGUGGAUCUCACGCCACAGUUGAGACACCGAGCUCGACGCCCGAGGCAUUCAUUCCUGAGAUUACACUCAAUCCACCCAAGAUCUCUAUGAAAAAUGCCAAAGGAGCCAUUGUCCAGGUCACCAAGAAAGUCAUCAAGGCCUACGACGUCACUGGCGUGCUGCGCAAAGUCCUCGAGGCCGACCAAGUCAGGCGAAGGCGAAUCCUCAAAAUUUACCUAAAGGCCUUGGUGUUUCUCAAGUACCUCUGGCACUCGUCGGACCGCUAUGGUUCCAUCAUGGCGCAGUCAGGCUUCCAGCUGCAGCGGUGA